AUGGCGUCCGGAGUGUGGGGGAUCUAUUUUAUGUUGGGACUUUCCGCGGGCACUGACUUUCCGCCCUCAGGGGGCGCCCGUGAGGCUUCCCACUUUCCUCAGCGGAUAGCUGCCCCUGUUCUGGGCGACCACGACCCUCCUCUAGCCUUCUUGUUUCUGCCUUGGAGGAUGUUCCUGCUGCCCAGCUUGCUGGGGCUGGAGCUCUCUCAGCUACUGCGAUUGGCUUCUAGGAUCCCUCCUCAUCAUCGUGGACUAAUGGCCUUUGCCAUCCAGUGGAGGGACUAUAGACAAAAUGGCUGUAGCCUUAGCAGCUACAUAAUGACAUGGCAUACCAGAAGACAUACAGCAAGUCUGUGUCCCUGA